AUGGCGGUCCUUCUCUUCACUGCCCAAAACCCAUUCGAUGGCAACAUGUGGGAUACGUUGCAGCAGUACGUUGCUGGGAUCUCUAUUGCGUGGCCCAACCUCAGUGAGACGUGGGCCGCCUUCUCAGACUGGCUUUCCCAACCUCAUGUCUUGGCGGUUAUCUUUGCUUGGUGGAUCACAUUUACCAUCGUAUGCACAAUAAUCAUGUCACUCGGAUUCGGCCCCGCAGGCAUAAUUGCAGGUGAGCACCUCCAGUAA